GCAUAUUUAAACCAUGUGUACUGAUAAAACAGGAUCCGAUUGGAAUAAAGAAACUAUUUUCUUCAUUAUCAUCAAUGUGUUCUUGUUCCUUUUUGGAUUUGGAUGGCUGGUAAUUGGAGCUGUUGUCCUUGACAGUAUCUUACUGAACAGUGACGUCAACACCAUUUUGAACACAAUUACAGUACUUUCAGGUGGACUUGGCGACAACAUCGAAAUCCUGUCCAUAAUGUUGAUUCUCGUAGGAGUGCUUAUAACCGUAGAUGCCGUAAUAGCUGUUAUAGGUUCUGUCUUACUUAAAGAGAAGAAGGAAUGGAAAAUAUUCUUAAUCAUAUAUUCUGUUUUUGUUGCUGUAUUAUUUGUGUCAAUGAUAGUGGUCUUUGGGCUGUGGAUUCACAUAGGAACAAAGAUAAAAGAGGACGGAGCAAAAGUUCAGAUGGUCAGUAACUUAUACAUAGACUUUACAGAAGAUGCAAUCAGCAGUUCAGAAACAAAAUCGAAUUCAUGGAAUAGGGUGUUUAUGGACCUGGACUGUUGUGCGGUAUAUCCAGUGUUCAGCACAUCUAAUGACUUUGACCUGACUCCUUGGUGUACCACAAGUGGAGAAUGUCAACAAACGAAUUCACAAAUUCCCAAGACCUGCUGUAAUGGUGUCACAGAAAGCACUUACACUUCAGCUCCGUCAGCCUGCCAUGCAACCGUAAAAAGUGGAACAUAUAACUCCAAAGGAUGUCAUGAAGUUUUAAAGAAUGAAAUAGAUCGUUAUCUCCCAGCUGUAAUUGCUAUUGGUGUGUUACUUUUUCUGACUGAGGUAUGA